CUGCUGGAAUAAAGUCUCGCGCAAGCCUCGCCAAACCGACUUUAUUUCUGGGGUUGAAGAAGAUCUCAGCAAAUUCUCAGAAAAUUUCCCGCGCGCUUCGUCUUUCGCAUUCUCCGAUCGAUGGCUCCCAAAUCAGACAGCGCCGAAGGAAUCGUACUCAACUUCGUGAAUGAGCAAAAUAGACCAUUGAAUUCUCAAAAUGUGGCUGAUUCAUUGCAAAAGUUCAACCUCAAAAAGGCUGCUGUGCAGAAGGCACUGGAUACUCUUGCGGAUAGUGGGCGGAUUUCGUUUAAGGAGUAUGGUAAGCAGAAAAUAUACAUGGCCCGUCAAGAUCAAUUUGACAUUCCUAACACCGAAGAGCUUAGUCGGAUGAAGGAAGAAAACGCUAACCUCCAACAGAAGCUGGUCAAACGGAAGAAAGAAAUUAGCGAGGUUGAGGGAGAAAUUAAAGCUCUGCAAUCAAACUUAACGCUGGAAAAGAUACAUGGCAAACAAGCCAUUCUGAGAAAGGAGGUGGAGGAAAUGGAGGACAACUUAACUAAAUUGCGGGGAGGAGUUACUCUUGUAAGCCCAGAAGAGAGGAAUGCCGUUGAAAAAUUUUAUUUGGACACAAUAAGUCAGUGGAGAAAGCGUAAAAGGACGUUCAAAGAUCUAUGGGAUGCUAUAACUGAGAACUCACCCAAGGAUCUCAAAGAAUUUAAGGAGGAACUUGGGAUUGAAUAUGACGAAGAUCUUGGUGUGAGUUUGCAGUCAUUCUGUGAUCUAAUGCAACAAGGAAAGAAACGAGCUAGAGGCCGGUGACUUAUCUAUGAGGAUUUAGGCUAAUAUGUUGCUUUGUGUUCUCCUAGAGGUAAACUUGAUACACAAAUUUGUAGAUCACUAGAUCCCUUAUUUGAUUUGUGCUCCUGAAUCCCAGUAAGGUUACUAUUACCGGUUAUUUCAUGCUGUACAUUUGUUUUAUAAGCAGUGAUGGUCUUGUCCCUGGUAUCAACUCAUCUGAAAUUCCAAGUCUUCUGAAAUUCCUGUUGUAUUCUUGUCCCUGGUAUCAACUCAUCCUCCGAAAAGCUUGUUCUUGACCGGCAUUUAUGGUUAAAUAGCUAAUUAGUCUAAGAUUGCCUGUGGGGAUAUAAAAGUUCUUUUUCUUAAUGAAUUCCUUUUAUGCAAUAUGACUCGAUAUUAGGCUAUGUUUGUUAUGACUAUAAAAAAGCACUUCAAAAAUUGAUUCUGCAUGUCUGAUUUCAUUUCUUGGUAAACCAUUAGGGUUUUUGUUGGUGGCUGUGAAGACUAAGGGGACUCCUGGGUUGGGCAUCGGCAUGUUUUUUUUUUGUCCUUCAUAUGCAUGCAUUACGAGUAUCCUCUCAAUUAAUUCACAGUUACAGUCUAUAUUAUCACUCUUAACUCAUCAAAUUUGUACAACUUUCUAAUUUACUCAUCUACAUCAUAUUGUUGAUGCACUUUUCUGGUCGCCUUUCUCUGCAUUCAAAUGCCAUGAACUUUGUUUGCAUCCUGGAUCACUCAGCAGAAUGUACAAUUGGGUUCUCUGGUCCCCAGCUCCUGUUUGAGAUCUUAAAAGGAUGUUCUUGUGAGAUGGGUGUUAGAACUUUCCACCAACUCGUAUUGGAACAGGUUUGGGAUCACCUUA